AUGGUGCAACUCACAGAGAUCACGGACAAGACCGAGUCUUUGCUGAAAAUCUCAGACGACCAAAAUGCAGCACCACAACAAGCACAGCCAACGACAAACCCCACAGGCACAGAACCUAUAGAUGUAACCUCGCCAACGCCUGCGGCAGGGCCAGCAGCCCCAGCAGGCCCAUCACCGCCAAAAGUCGCCGCGCCCGAGCUCCCGCCCCAGCUCGCGCGCCAGGCCGGCAAGACGGCCGAGGAGAUCAUGGAGGACCUGAACAAGUCGCCGCUAUUCAUGACCGAGCUGGAGGAGAACGACGACGUGGCGGCGCUGGAGGCGCUGGCCUACGAGGGCACGCCGCUGGAGAACGCCACCGACUUCAAGGAGCGCGGCAACGAGUGCUUCAAGCAGCGGCGGUGGCGCGACGCCGUCGAGUUCUACGGGCGGGGCGUGGCGGUCGUGACCAAGGAGGAGAAGCGCCGCGAGAAGGGGGAGGCCCCGCGCGAGGGCGACCCGAAGGGGGACGACGAGGCCGAGGCGGCCGCCCAGCGCGCCGUGCUCGAGGCGCUGCUCGUCAACCGCGCGGCGGUGCAGCUGGAGCUGCAGAACUACCGGUCGUGCUGGCUCGACUGCGGCGCGGCGCUGCGGCUGAACCCGCGCAACGUCAAGGCGUGGUACCGCAGCGCGCGGGCGCUGCUGGCGGUGGGGCGGGUGCAGGAGGCCGACGACGCGUGCGCCGGCGGGCUGAGCGUCGACGGCGACAACGCCAGCCUGCGCGCCGUCGCGAGGGACAUCAUCGCGCGCGCCGAGGAGCUGGACAGGAAGGCGCAGGCCGCCGCCGACGAGAAGCGCACGCUGCAGCGGCGGGCGGCGUUCCUGGCGGGCGCGCUCAAGGAGCGCAACAUCACCGUCCGCGCGGGCAAGACGCCGCCCGACAUGGGCGACGCGAGGCUGGAGCUCGUCCCGGACCCGGAGGACCUCAACAGCACGCUCAGCUUCCCCGCCGUGCUGUACCCGGUGCACUACGAGAGCGACUUCAUCAAGGCCUUCAACGAGAGGGAGGCGCUCGUGCAGCACUUUGGCUACGUGUUCCCGCUGCCGUGGGACCGCGAGGGCGAGUACGGCGCCAACACGGUCGAGUGCUUCAUGGAGACGGCGGCGGGCGGCCUGGUCAAGGUUGGCAAGAAGGUGCCCCUGCUCAAGGUGCUGAGCCUGGACAGCGUCGAGGUCGUCGACGGGGUGGUCAAGAUCUAUGUGGUCCCCAGGGGGAAGGCGGACGCCUGGGUGAAGCAGUUUAAGGAGGCAAAGGCAAAGGAGGGCGGGGCGGCAAAGGGUUAG